AUGCGAGGCGACGAGAAGUUGCCGACAUGUUCUCGAUGCGAAAGAAGCGGCCGCUGGUGUGACCGGACAGUGCCGUUGAAGAUCCAAGGCCAGAGGAAUGUUGGUAUACGAACAGAUGACGGAAAGGGCACACAAAGCAAAGAACAGCCUUCUGUCGAGCGGUUUGCCGAACCUCGUGUGAGAUUGCAGAACGAGGAGAUCGCCCACUACUUUGCACAUUACCUCAAGACGCUGGCGCCAUGGUAUGACCUUAACGACCUUGGGCAAGCCUUUAGAAGAAUUGUGGGAAGCAGAGCUCAGCAGAGCUCCUUGCUUCUCAGUGCCGUCAUUGCAUUUGCAGCUAUACAUAAAAGUCGAACGUCUCACGCCGUUCCCAAGUCGUUAGCAGAAAGACAUCAUGCCCACUGCUUGCGGCUCCUGAUCGGAAUCACCGAGACAGCCCCGGCCAUUAGGGACGGAACAGCGUUGGCCGCGACGUGCCUCCUGCGAUCGUAUGAAAUACUAGCAGAGGAGGAAGAUCCCAAUCGCCAUCUUUUUGGGGCAUUCUCAUUGAUACCGUCCUUGUCUUGCAGUCUUCCGGAGGAACCACUGCUCAAGGCCGGUUUAUGGAAUUACCUUCGCGAAGAUAUCACCUUCUCGCUCAUCAAUGGCUGUCCCUUGAAAAUCGAGGUUGGUGCAAUAGACAUCGAGCUGCGUCGCGAUGACGACUAUGCGAACCAAAUCACGAUCUUGUUGGCCCGCGUCAUAAACAGCGCCUUUGCGGGUGGUGCGGAACUUCUUGUCGACUUACAGUCAGCUAUCAGUGCUUGGAGGUUGUCUGUACCGUUCCAGCCUUACCAUCAGUCCCACGAAGGUGCACUGCCAAAGAUCCAGAUGGUCGAGGAUUGUCACGUUGCUGCAAUACAAUAUUGGCAUGUCGCCCAGAUCCUAUUAGGUCUCAAUACCGGAAGUGAAGUGGACUUUGAAGACCACGCUCGGACCAUAUGUGGAAUGGCUUUUUCUGCCAAUAGUGACCCUGUCGUUGUAAACUCAUAUGGUCCAAUCUGCUAUAGCGCACAAUGGCUGUCGGGAGACGAAGCCCGACGGGAAGUGGUCAAUCAUCUGCUGAGCAGUCAAAAGAGGACUGGGUGGCCAGUUCAAGCCAUAAUCAAGAAGCUGAAGCAAAGUUGGGGUGGUGAAGCAGAGAGAUGA